CAUUACAUUGCUACCUGAGGUGACAGAAGCACCGCUUCGCAGGUGUGAGGAAGUCGUGGUAAUGUCAUGACUGAAGAAGGCUACUUUUCCCCUUUUUGUUGGGUCAACAUCAGUAAAAUGCUGGGUCGUUUAUUUACACAUCAGCAUCCGUCCUAAAUUGAUGAGUGAGAUAAAAACAAGACGCACGUCAAGACCACGGGUUUAUAUCACCUCAUUAACCACAAGCUGGUGAUGUCACUGUCUUCAUCAGGACACACUGUUUGACAGUUUGUGCCAGGAUGAGGAGAGAUCUUGGACUGGCACUGCUAUUGCUGGUGUCUGCAGUUGCAGAACCCAACGGCACAUCUCCACCAGGGAAGCCAGUCCUGCUCGGCUGCAGGUCUCCUGAGAAAGAGACAUUUACCUGCUGGUGGGAGCCAGGGACUGAUGGAGGACUGCCAACCACAAUCCGCCUCUAUUAUGAGAGAGAAAAUCUGGAGGGAGUGCACGAGUGUCCUGACUACCAGUCAGGUGGGAAGAACUCCUGUUUCUUUGACAAGAGCCACACCUCCAUCUGGGUCAACUACUACCUGACAGUGGUGGCCUACAAUGCCUUCGGGAAUACCACUUCAGACCCGUUUAAGAUAGACGUGAUGGAGAUCGUGAAACCCAAUCCUCCUGAAAAUGUAUCGCUGGUGGUGGAGGAGAAAGAGGACAGUCCAUAUCUCCAUAUCAGGUGGCAGCAUCCCUAUGACACAGACCCCAAGUCAGGCUGGGUCACCCUCAAAUAUGAACUAAGAGUCAAAGAAGAAAGUAGCGAUUGGAAGGGUUACAUGUCAGGAAUACAAACCCAUUUUAACCUGUACAGCAUCACUCCCGGGGCGGUGUACAUGGUCCAGGUGCGCUGUAGACUAGACCACGGCUCCUGGAGUGAGUGGACCAACACUACCUAUGCUAAAGCUCCUGGCUUAAUACAGAAUGAGAAGCCGUUUUGGAUACUGGUUUCCACUCUCUCUACAAUUCCAUUUAUGGCAGUAAUGUGCAUCUUGGUCAUGAAGAGGAAAUAUGUGAGGCAGUGUGUUCUACCUCCAGUUCCUGGUCCAAAAAUAAGAGGAGUUGAUUUUCAGCUUCUCAAGAAAGGGCAAUCUGAAGACGUCAUUAAUGCCCUGAUCAUCAACCAGAACUUUCCUCUUAUGGUGGCCUGGAAGGACCAGAUGGAGGAAUACCUACUCGUGACCGAGAAUGACAGUGGACUUCUGCCGGAUCCCUCCAACUUUCAAAAAAGGAAGAAAAGCUUGAUUACUCCUGCUGGCAUCUGCUUGGAUUUGGAAACGCAAUGCAAGGAUUCAACCCCCAUCCAAAAUGACAGUGAGAAGGCUGCGGAAACAAACAAUGAAAUGGAUAACUUUGUAAAGAGCAUCAAGACUCUCUCAAGGGAGAGUUUAUUUAACAUGGAGCCAUCCCAGGUUCCCGCUCAGAAACAGCAGUGCCCAAUUAUAAACUCUGUAAACACGGAAGCAACAGAACAGAGUCCAUCUAAUCAUGAGAUCACGGUCACACCUUUCACAAAUAGUGAUUAUGUGGAUAUUCAGAGACAUGGAGAAAGCAUCCAGGAGGUGGAUGUGAAACAAGCAGACUACAGCAGAAUUAAAGAGGUGAACGGUGAAAAUAUUCUCAUUCUGGAGAAAAGAAACUGCCUGCUGAACAGCUCUGGCUACAUGGAUUUUCAGACACAAGAGGAGAGCAUUUCAGGGGAAUACAGCAAGGUGAAAGAGGUGGACAGUGACAUUAUAGUGUUCCUGCAGAAACAAAACGUACCCAUUUACACCCCCUGUGGGGAGAAUGGUAACCCAUAUGCUGACUGUUCCCCCCAGAAACCAAGAAAUCCUCAUGUGAUUGGACCCCAUAAAGUGGGAGUGUGCACAGAACACAUCGAUAGUGGAUAUGUAGAUACUAUGCCCCAACCAUCUUUAAUGUAAAGUUUUAUCCACUGUCAAAGUACAAAUGACAGCUUUGUCAAUAUUAUAUUUUGGAUUUCCGUGACAUUUGAUUCACGCGUUCAUGAUCACCAGAGGAUCAAUCCCAUUGACUUUAAUGAACCUGUGAACUUUAAUGUGGUGCCGCCAUGCGUUUGACAUUUUAGGAUCAGUGAUAUAUCUCGACAUCAACAGCUGCAACUGUACUUAGUAUUAAGCACUAAUUACCAGCUGACCUUUGAUGAUGAACAUGGUAAACAUUAUACCUGCUAAAUAUUAACCAUAACACAUUUAGCUCAAAACACAGUGUGUCUACUCAACCUCACUGAGCCAAAGUGUUGUUGGGCGACCAUGAAGCUCUAAGACACAGAGGGAUACACUAUGCCAGGCCUCAACUGUUUAUGGUAUCAGUUAAUCUGCUGUUUGGUCUUUUAAUUAGACUGGGUGAGAUUAAGAAAAAUAUCACCAGACUUAUUAUUUUCAAGAGUAGUUGGCAAUGAAAUGAUUACAUAGUUAUUUUGCAGUCUAUUGUUUUUGCCACAGGUUAAGGUCAAUAAAAAAAAGAAAAAUAUGUACAUAAGA